UUGAAUGUGUGAUAGAUGCUGAAGUUGGCUGCAUUUUUUUUGCUUCUUCAAAUUGAAUUCUUUUAUAAACUGACUGUUUCCAUCAUCUCUUUGGUACAGGAUGAUUCAUAUCUGGACAGUUACAUUAGCACCAUUGGUGUUGACUUUAAAAUACGCACUGUAGAGCAAGAUGGAAAGACCAUUAAACUUCAAAUUUGGGACACUGCUGGACAAGAGCGCUUCAGGACAAUCACUAGCAGUUACUACCGUGGGGCCCAUGGCAUUAUAAUAGUUUAUGACAUAACAGAUCAGGAGAGUUUCAACAACGUUAAACAAUGGUUGAAUGAAAUUGAUCGUUAUGCCAGUGAGAAUGUAAACAAACUUCUAGUCGGAAAUAAAUGCGACCUCACUGAUAAUAGAGCCGUUUCCUAUGAUACAGCUAAGGCAUUUGCUGAUGAAAUGGGCAUACCAUUCAUGGAAACAAGUGCAAAAGAUUCUACUAAUGUGGAACAGGCAUUCAUGGCCAUGGCUGCUGACAUCAAGAACAGGAUGGCAAGCCAGCCAGCUAUGAACAAUGCAAGACCACCAACGGUGCAGAUACGAGGGCAACCUGUUGGCCAGAAGAGUGGCUGCUGCUCAUCUUAGUUGGUUCUGGUCUGCAUUUCAAGCUCUGUCCACUAUUAAUCAGAGAGUAAUACUACUAUCUUCACCCCUCCAAAGAGGUUUAUAAUUUGCUUUUUAUUAUCAGCUGUUUGUAAGCUAUCCAAGAAUUCAUAUUCUUUUUUUGUCUAUUUGAGUUUCAAAAUGACCUGUACAAAUCAUAAAGGUUCUUAUUAAGUAUUUGUUUGUUAUUUUUUUCA